GCUACAUCUCUGCCCUGGUCCAACGUGCCAUCUCGAACUUGUGUUGUGGGCGUUAGGCCACGGGCCAGCCCUAGUCAGCUACAGUGCUGGGACCAGCGCGUGUGAGAAGGGCGAGCAGUUGCGGCGGGCUCUGGCGCUGCUGAGCGAGAUGCGGGAGCUGAAGCUGGAGCCUAACGUCAUCAGCUACAGCGCUGGGGCCCACGCGUGCGAGAUGGGCGGGCGGUGGCAACAGGCGCUACGCAUGCUCAGGAACAUGUGUUUGAUAACGUUGAACGCCAACUUCGACGCUUGCGGGGUCAUAGCCAGCAUGUGCGAGCAAGGUGGGCAAUGGGAGCAAGUGAUGUGGUUGCUCAGGGAGAUGUGCGAUGUAUGCACGGUCGCAAGAUGCAGUGCUCGGUAUAGUUACCAGCGCUGGGAUCAGCAUUUGCGAGAAGGGCAGUGGCAGCGAACUCUGGCGCUGCAGAGCGAGAUACGGGAGGCGAAAGUGGCGCCCAACGCUGUCGCAAGCAGCUCGUGGGUCAGCGCGUGCGAGAAGGGCGGGCAGUGGCAGGGGGCCCUGUGGCAGCUGGACGAGAUCCAAGAGGGGCAGGCUGACCUGGAUGCUGCCGGCUACAGUCCAACGAUCGCCCCCCUGCUGCGCAGAGGCGAUUCGACAGGCUGGUCGGCUUCAGCGCUUGGAACAGCGCGACAGCGCGUGCGCGAAUAGAGGGCGGUGACAGCGGGCUCUGGCGCUGGUCACCGAGAUGUGGGAGCUGGGUAUUGGGACGUCGACAUCAUCGGACUAGCGCGCGGGGACCAGUGCGUGCGAGAAGGACGAGCAGUGGCAGCGGCUUUUGACGCUGGUCAGCGAGACGUGGGUGGCGGAAGUGGGGCCCAACGCCACAGCCAGCGACAGUGCUGGCCUGCGCGUGCGAGAGGGCCAGGCAGAGGUCAGAAGCGUUGUCGAUGCUGAGGCGAAGGUCGACACGGACAACAUCAGCCAGAGUGGCAGCACCACAGCGCGCGAGAAGGGUGGGCAUAGGCUUGAAGGCGCUGUCGUUGGGCCAGGGACUUGGUCUGGGAAUUGACUUGGUCUUGGGCCCCUCCUCUUCCU